UUUGAAUUACUUACAAGAAAACAAUAACUGUAUUUUUAAAAAGUCAUACCACAUACAUGUUUCAAAAUGUUCUUUAACACAAUGUCACUGAUGGUUGACUUUAAUGUAGGUUAAUAGGCAAUGUGUGAUCGCUCUAAUUUCGCAUGUUUAGAACAAGUUCAGCUUUACCUUACUCUAGCUUCAACUAUUGUUUAUAUAAUACUUGGCUUCAGUAACUGCUAUAAAUAGAUGUACUUAAUGCUCAAUGGGUGUGUGUUGUGUAGCGAAUACGAUUCUGCUGAUCUUCCUAUUGAUAAACGUGGGUUUCAAUAAGCGAUAGCGAUCGUGAGCGAUUAAUCUGCUGCUUAAAACACUGUCGGUAGUCCCAGAUAACAAGCUAUGCCUUGAACCACACGGUAAGUUAGUGUCAGGGUACGUACGAUAGUACAGGGAUAUAAAAACAGCAAAGAAAAAGAUAAAAAAGAUAAAAGUAAUACCGUGUGUGUGUGUGUAUUUCAAAGUAGAUAGUUGCUUUUGUAAACGGGCUUGAGAAUGUGAGCACCGUGAUGUGUUGGAAAAAAAGACUCAGCGCAGCAAUUUCUUAAAAAUUCUGUCAUGAGGAGACCUUGAUAAGCCUUCCAUGACUACAGGUCAACAGCAUGACACAUUUACUGUAACAGUUGAGUAAUGUGAUCACAGUUUUGUUGUUAUCUUUUGACAACACAAAAACAAUAGGAGCUAUUCUGAAGGCUGCGACCAAACGCUUAUCGACAUGUAACUGUCAUCUACUGUCAUCAAAACAUGAUGAUCGUCAGAGCAAUGCUUGGAGGUCUUUCUCCACACUUAUAUUUCUCCAUCAGUCAGUACAUCUUCUGGAUGCUUAUCUUUCUGGGUCCUGUGUGUACACAAGAGACAAAGAUCACUUGCAGGAUACCAUCAGUGCCGCCUCUACAUGACACUGUCCUGAACUGUCACUUUCCAGAAGACCUCAGUGUCACCAAGAAAGAUUUUACUGUUUACCACUAUGUUCAGCAUGACAUUCCAGAAUCUGUGUUAGACUGCUGGUGGAUAAAGGGAGUUCUAGACUGUUACACAAAACCAGGGUUCAAGUUUGAUAGGAGAGUCAGCCAAACCCUGAACACUACAAUCCACAAUGUUACCAUGGCAAACACAGGAUUCUACACCUGUCAGGUCGCCGGCUACUCUUCGAGUCUUUUGGAAACUUGCGAACUCAGUUUGAAACCUGUUUCAGGUAGCAAUAUCAAGUGCAGCCUUUCCAGUACAACACUCACGUGUCUGUUUAACCAAGAUGUCCAGAAAACCCAGAAACGUUUCGCUGUGUACCGACACAAUGCCAAAGAGAACCAAAGUGUGGUUGACUGCUCCUGGGAAGACGGUAUAUUAUACUGUCAUGUAGAAGAUGGUUACUUCUUCAAUAAAGAAGUCUCCUCCUAUAUACAAGUCGAGAUUCCAAGAAAGGACACGACAGGAGACGCCUACUCUUGCUGGUUGGAUGGGUCUGAUGCUGAUGAACUGGCAAUGUGUUUCUUGGAAACCGAGAGCGAAGAAAACUCGGUACUUUGGAUGGAAGUCGGUAUAACACUAGGACUUCUGAUUGUGGUUGUGUCUUCAGUUAUAGGAAUCUUCAUUUGGAAACUUAGAAGGCGUGACAGGAAAAGGCAAAGAAGUCAAGGAGACGAACUGAAGGCAAUGAUAAAUAAAGACAAGCAUCCAAUAACGCAAGCGUUUCAAGAUUUUCAACUACAGAAAGUGAAAGAUAUGUACCCGGACAUGCUUAAAGGACUCUACUUUGUGCCUCCUGUAUACUUCAAUAAAAUUCAAUACACGACACAGUCUGUUACCGGUCAAACUAUUCACAUCGCAGACUCACCUGACCCCAGUGACGUCAGACACGACCAGGCCAUGCAGCACGUGCUGCACUGUGUACGUCACAUGGCGAAACAAGAAAACAUGUUUGUGCUGACACAGUUCAAGUAUGAAGACUACCUGAACAAUCCUGGUCCUGAUUUUGCAAAACACAGCUUGCCUACAUUUUCUAGUCUGAAGAAAAAGUUUAGGGACAAAGAUGAAGGAUGCUUUGAUAUUCUUUUCAUACAUCGGCUUCAUGGAGUGGUUGCUGGGGUGGUCAAGUCUGUCAGCGAUAAAAACAAUGACUGUGAGGAUGGUGGAGGGUCAGUUGAUGACCAUAUAGUCACAGAGGUGUCUGAUGCCAUCCGAAAGCUAAACAAAGCAAGAAAUGUUCUACAACAUCUGCUCUCGGAUCAGGAGCAGAUUCCAGUUCGGCUGAUUUUGAUGCUACCCAACGUUGCAAUGUCAACCUUAGAACGUGCACUAAACAGUCAUACUAAAGUGACUCAGGAAUUACACGAUUGCUUACAUUUGAAUGCUACAGAUGAUUCCACCCAGCUUUGUCUGUGUGCUGAUCACUUGUCUAGUCCUAGUGUUCCCUGGAAAGUCAACUCAACUGUAGUGAAUCAUUUAAAACAAUGGUGGGAAGGUGUGACAAAAGCUCAUGCAGAUCAACCCAAAAUGACUACUGAGUUAUUUCAAGACAUAGUAGCAAGAUUCUGUGGUCCUGCAACCCAGUCUUGUCUUAACUUUUCAGUUGAGUCAAAGCCUAUGUUGCCUAAGACCCUGAACCAAGCCAUUUCACUUACCAGUCAUUUGUUUGAACAGUGCAUUCUCUACCCUGGUAUGACAGACAUGCUAGAGGAACCUCGUGUGUUGAUCUCAGGACCGCCUGGCACUGGGAAAACCAGAAUGCUGGCUUUAGUCGGGAGGAAAUGGAUGUCUGAAGGUCACGUGGUCCAUCUGAUCAUGUCCAUUAAAAGUCAUGGUGCUACAACAGCUCUAGAAAAGUUACUGCAGUGGAGACAUGGAGACACCUAGGUCCCAGUCCCAAACUAGCUGGAAACAAAAGAUAAGUCGUUUGAUGUGUGAAAUAGAUGACAAGAAGAAAAGAGACGAUUCCAUUAAGUUGCUGACUGGUCGUGCAAAGCUCAGUCCUUUGUUUGCACUUAUUGAUGAACUGGUUCUUGAAAGAGAGAAACAAAACAAUGUUGAAGCCUUUCUUAACUCCCUUUGCAAGACUAUCCCUAAUCUCCACCUGUGGACGGCCAGCUGCACUCAAAAUAUCAAAUCACCUGACUGGAAAACAUGUAUCCUUACAAAACCUCUCAGUUGUCCCCCUGCAGUAGUUAGACAAAUAAAAAAAGGACCAAGCACUGCUCACAUGAAGGAGAACUCCACUUUCAAAUAUUUGCCACCCACAGACGGCUUGCCUGUGAAAAUCUUUCGUCAUAAGGAUAAAGGACACACAGAAAGAGAACCACGUGACUGUGACGUUUGUGGAGAGAAAGUUGUCAGAUUUCUGACACAAAGCGUUCAACAUAAUGACACAGAAACAGAAAUCAUUGAGAUGAAUGCAAGAACAGGGACUGAACAAACAACAUUGAUUCAGUGUCCAGCCCUUCAGUACAGAGACGUUUUGAUAUUGUUUGAGAGUGAUUUCACAAAGAACAGUCCUAUGGUCAAGGCUUUAUCAAACAUUCGAAUUCCAGUCCAGGUCAUUGACUUUCAGAAGCCAAGAAAUGAAAGUGACAGGAACAGUGUGUUAGCAGCCAAAACAAGUUCACUGUGCACACUGAGAAGCAAGGUGGUGGUCUAUGUAGAGGGCGCUGGCAACAGAUCCAACAUCGAGUCUAACAGACAACGAGGCUUCACUAGCUGUACAUCACAGCUUGUAGUCGUUAGUAGGAACUGAUUAUAUAGUUUUCGCAAAAAUUAAAGUCUGUGUUUGAUGACUGAAAACUUUUCUUAUCGUCUGUGUGGUUUUAUUUUUUUCUGUAUCUUGGCAUGUGCUAACACGUGUCAUUCCAAAACAGACAAUCUUCAUCAAGGAAAAAAAAUCUACUUAUUAUAUAAUAAUUUUUGACCAAUCACAAAGUUUAUACACUUUACCAACAGUUAUGCGAAUUGUCUUAUCCAGUUUACCAUACUAUGCGUAGUUGUUACUAUGAAUGUUUUAGUCAUUAUGUUUUACAUGUGCAUUUUGUCAUGCUGGUAAUAAGACAAAUGUCUCCAUCUGGUUAACACUGAUCUAAUCAUAGAAUAUUAUUUGUUGGUUAUAGCAGGGAUUCCCUAACAAAAGUGUUCUUCUGCUAUCUUUGACUUACUGUAAAACUCGUAUUAGGACAUACUUCAGAUGCGAAAAUGAAUGUUUCCACCAUGUAAUGAUACUGUAAUGUGUAUGCAAGCAAUUGUAGAAAGGAUGAGGAAAAGAAAUGAAUAAACUGGUUGUAGGUAUGUC